GUUUUAACAUUUUAGCUGUUAAUAUAAUGUCAGAAAGAAAAGUCGAAGACCGCGAAGAAAAUUUUACACAGAAUAUAGAUGAUAGUAACGAAGAUGAUGAUGAUGAUGAUGAUGAUGAUGAUGAUGAUGAUGAUGAUGAUGAUGGAAAGGAUGAUGUUGAACCUAAGCUAAAAUACGAACGAAUAGGAAAUUCUAUUCUAGAAAUAUUUACCAAAGAUGCAGCAAGUUGCAUGGCAGUACACUCUAAAUUUUUGGCUCUUGGCACACAUUAUGGAGUUGUUCAUAUUUUGGAUCAUCAAGGAAACAAUAUUCGUAAAUUUCCUUCCCAUGCAACAACAAUUAAUCAAAUAGCAAUUGAUAGUAAUGGAGAUUAUGUUUCUAGCUGCUCUGAAGAUGGCAGGUUUAUUAUUAAUGGCCUUUAUACAACAGAAAAUAAUACCCAACAUAAUUUUGAUUGUCCCAUUCGUUCUAUUGGCUUGCAUCCUGAUUUUGGACGUAGAGGAAACAAACAGUAUGUAAUUGGAGUUGGCGAAAAAUUAACAUUAUUUGAAAAAGGUUGGAUGCGCAAUAAAUCAGUUAUCCUUCAUUCUGGAGAAGGGUUCGUUCGAUCAAUUAAAUGGAAAAACAAUUUUAUUGCAUGGGCAAAUUCUGAGGGUGUUGAAGUUUAUGACAUCAAUGCUAAAGAAAGAUUCACACAUAUACCAAGAGAUCAAACAAGUGCACGCGAUGAGUUAUUCCAUUGUAAUUUAUCUUGGAAAGAUGACACUUGUUUUUUUGUGGCAUGGGGAAAUUCAAUCAAAGUUUGUAUUGUAAAAGAAAGACCACCUAAUGAUAUAAGAGGUCUACCUCGACAUUUUGUAGAAAUUGCACAUAUCUUUGAAAUAGACUAUUUUGCUUCUGGAAUUGCUCCAUUUGGUAAUGAAAUGGCUGUAUUGGCAUAUUCAUUUGAUAAAGAAGAUGGUGCUGCUCCUACAAAGGGCACCGCAAAGCGACCUCAACUUUUAGUUAUAAAACCAGAAGGAAUGUAUAAAUUUGAAGAAGCAUCAAUUGAUUGUUUAUCUAUUCGCGGCUUUGAAGAAUACAAAUGUAAUAAUUAUUUUCUGGAAAAGGUUGAAGAAGAACAAUUGUUUUACAUCGUUAGUCCUAAAGAUAUUGUCAUUGCUCGACCAAGGGAUCUAGAUGACCAUAUAUCUUGGCUUAUGGAAAACAAAAAAUUUGAAGAAGCUUUACAAAAAGCUGAAAACCAGCAAAGAGAGCUAAAGCGACUUUCUGUUUUGGAAAUUGUUAAAGCUUAUCUCAACUAUCUCUUCGCCAACAAUAAAUUUGAAGAAGCAGCAAAGUUGUGUGAUCGCAAACUUGGCAGAUGCAAAGAACUAUGGGAAGAACAAAUUUAUAAAUUUAUUGAAAAGAAAUCUUUAAAGAUGGUAACUCGAUAUAUUCCUCGUUCUAAUCCACAAUUGGAUAAUACUAUAUAUGAGCUUGUGUUGAAUGAGUAUUUGCAGACAGACCUUGAGGGAUUUCACAAGUUGCUUACUGAAUGGCCAAGUAAUCUUUACAAACCUGAAACUAUAAUUUUGUUACUUCAGGAAAAAAUUCGAGAAACUCCUGAAUCACUUUUGCAGCGAUCUCUUGCUACAUUAUAUGCACAGAAACAAAAGUUUGGGGAGGCUUUGAGAAUUUAUCUAACCUUAAAGGAUCCAGGUGUAUUUGAAAUGAUUGCUAAGCACAAAUUGUUAUCAUGGGUAAAAGACAAGUGUUUGCAACUCAUGGAAAUUGAAUCCAAUAAAGCAGUAGCCAUGUUUAUUGAUAAUAUGGAUCAUUUUGAAGUAGAUGAUGUUGUUAAACAACUAAAUCAAAAUGAAAAACUUUUACACCAGUAUUUACAUGGAUUGUUUACAAAAGAUCCACAGGCUGGUCAUAAUUAUCACAACAAACAAAUUUCUCUAUAUGCAGAAUUUCAACCUGAUCGGUUACAAUCUUUUUUAAAAAAUAGCAAUUUUUAUCAACUAGAAAAGGCAUUCAAAGUUUGUGAAGAAAGAAAUUUAAUUUCAGAGAUGGUAUUUCUACAAGGGAGAAUGGGAAAUAAAAAAGAAGCCCUUUUGUUAAUUAUUGAUAAAAUGUGCAAUAUUCAAAAGGCAAUUGAUUUUGCAAAGGAAGAAAAUGAUACAGAUCUUUGGGAUUAUUUAAUAGAAAAGUCUCUUCCGAAGCCGGAAUAUAUCAAAGAACUAUUGAUCAGCAUUGGUACCCAUGUUGAUCCUAAGUUACUAAUCAAGAAAAUUCCAUCAAAAAUGGAGAUUCCUGGUCUGAGAGAUGCUUUAGUGAAAAUUUUACAAGAUUACAAUUUACAAGUUUAUUUGCAUGAAGGUUGUAAAGCUAUAUUAGACAAAGAUAGUGUUGCCUUGUAUGAUAAGCAGGUUAAAAAUCUUUCGAAAGGAUUUUUAAUAUCUGAUAUUGAUCAUUGUCCAACAUGCGAAGGAAAAUUAAUUGUAGAAGAUAACAGAAAAGCUUCAACAAUUGUGACAUUUUUUUGCAAGCACACUUAUCAUGAAGUAUGUCUUCGAGGCAUGAGCAUGCAGCCAAGACAAACAGAGCCUUUUUGUCCUACAUGUUCAAGCAAGACAUCUAAAAAGAAGAUUUAGUAAGAGAAGUUUGUAAAAAUUCUUUCAAAUGCCUAAAUGUCCAAGAAAAUUUUCAUUUUCACAUUUCGAUCUGCAUGAAGUUGUCACUAGACUAUAUUUAAUGUUAUAUAUAAACAUACCAGCUUUAAUGUUAUAUAUAAACAUAUCAGCUUUAAUGUUAUAUAUAAACAUAUCAGCUUUGACGGUGAAUCUCGAUCUGCUUGAAGUCAUAACUCUGGACUACUUAAUGUUAUUUAUAAUCGGUUUUGACUGCGAAUUUGAUUAACUUCAAUGGGCAUGUUUUUUUUUCAUAAAACAAAAUGUCUUAAAAAAUAAAGUGGUAUAUUUUUUUUAUUGAACUGUAUAUAUAUAUAAAUUAAAAAAAAAAGU